AUGAGCUCUGUUGCGCGCUCUCCGCCCGUGCCGAGCAACGGUGUCACAUCAGAACAAGGCGACAGCGCAUCGUCAGGAACGGACGCCCAGAGCGCCUCGGUGGCACCGAACGAUCCCAUAUACUAUCUAUACGGAGAGGAUGUGCGUUGGUGGGAGGAGGAAGAGGACAAGGGCGAUACGAUCCCAGCCACAGAGGCAUGGGAGCAUCCACCGCGUCCGCAGUGCCUCCUGGAGACCAUCCACAAACUGAACGACACGCACAUCCCCUCCCCGUUCCUAUAUACGCGUUACCCGCACGAAUAUAAGAGCGAGGCGUACACACUUUAUCACGAGCCUGAGUCCCAGAGAAAGAAGAGUGAUCCACCAAAAGAGCAAUCAGCUCCCAAAGAAACCAGCGAACCCCAUCGCCGACGGGUAAACAUUGAGCUGACACCCGUCAAACGCCCGGAAGCAUGCGCCAAGCCACGCAAGAGCCUGCGCGAACGUUUGGAGGAUGGAGAGGUAGUCUUCUAUGAGGAUUACGUGGAGCGCGAGAUCGCACGCGACUACUGUCGCCUCUUCGGCCACCCGUUUUCUGUGCCUCGGCACGACUGGGGUGGCGGGGACUUUUUUUUCGGGGAGCAUGUUCCACCCGUAGUCAGUGAGCCAAAGGAUGCCCCUGGUCAGGAUGACGACGAUAAGUUGUCAGAGAAAUCUGCCGAAUCCGUGGAAGCUCCUGUGAAGCACCGUCAGGUGGACGCACUGAUUCUGUCAGACAGCAGCCUGGACUCGGCACAGCGUCAGGAAAUGCUGGAAGGCAAAAUUGCUAAUCUAUACAGCGCUUUGCCAUCCGGUGCCACGCGGCAGCGCCACCCGAAGGACCGGCUGGUCAGCUUCCACCAUCUGCGAACGUACGCAUACAUGAUCGACUCAGUGACCAAGUGCCCGCUGAUUCACGUGGAGCUACAAUCGGCACUAAAGCAGGGGUGGUCGCCGGAGCGCGAAACGGCCAAAUUGCAGCCGCGGACUCGCACCCGUCAACUUCCCCACGACCCCUACACCGUGACCCCUGAGCAGCUGGCGCGUGCCAACGAGAUCUUGGCGAGUCGGCGCAAGAUAAAGGCUGAUUCGUCCAAGGAUGUUAAGGUGAUGGUGUCCCGUCGCCAGGCGGCGCAGAAGGAGACCGUGCAGGUGGGCGGAGGUCGUUACGAAGUGUAA